UGGUUCCGUACUUCCCCAAUGGCUUACUCCUCCAGAAGAAUGUUGCUUCAGUUCAUGAGCCAGCGAGUUCCUUUAUUUCUCCUCCGAAUCUUGCCUUCGUCUUCUAGUUCUUCUCCAUUUCUGAAUUCACCAUGUUCUCCAACUUUGAUUCUGCUCCAUCUCUGAAAAACCUCAAGACCAUUGACAUGGAUUGCCCAUCUUCCGGCCCCUUUGAUCAUCUCACGGAGGAGAUCGUGUUCUUGAUUGUUGGCCAUCUUCACGACGAUCCCUUUUCUCGGAAAUCCUUCUCUCUCGUCUGCAAGUCCUUCCACGCCAUCGAAUCGCGCCAGCGGAAAUCUCUCAGGCCGCUGCGCUCCGAUUUGACUCCAAGUAUAGCCCCGCGCUUCCCUUCCAUUUCGAAGCUCGACCUUUCCCUUUGCCAUCACGUGGAGGAUACAUUUCUGAUUUCGAUAUCGCGUGCUUGGAAAAUGACGCUGCGUUCUGUGGAUCUAUCCCGCUCUAGAUCGUUUACCACUGUUGGAUUGUCGAGCUUGGUUUCGAAUUGUGCUGGACUGGUUGAGAUUGACUUGUCGAACGGGGUGGCUCUGACGGACUCCGCGUUGAAGGUCAUAGCAGAGGCCAAAAACUUGGAGAAAUUGUGGUUGGCGAGGUGCAAAUCGAUUACGGAUAUGGGGAUUGGUUGUGUGGCUGUUGGAUGUAGAAAGUUGAAACACUUGUGCUUGAAUUGGUGCCUUCGUAUUACUGAUUUGGGGGUUGAUUUGAUUGGAAGGAAGUGCCAUGAGCUAAGGAGUUUGGACCUCUCUUUCUUACCGAUCACUGAGAAAUGUCUUUCGACUAUUCUUCAACUGCAAAAACUUGAGGAGCUAGUCCUCGAGGGUUGCCAUGGAAUCGAUGAUGGACUUGCAGUCCUAGAACGUCACUGCAAGAGCAACUCAUUGAAGUUGCUUAAUCUGUCUCACUGUAAAAGUAUAAGUCAUAUUGGUUUGUCUUCUUUGAUAAAUGGCGCUCAAGACCUUCAACAGCUAAUCUUAUCAUAUGGCUCUUCAGUCACAACAGACGUGGCAAAAUGUCUGCAUAGUUUUUCGGGUUUGCAAUCGAUUAAAUUAGAUUGUUGUUCACUCACCUCUUCUGGGGUUAGAGCCAUUGCAAAUUGGCGUGCAUCACUCAAGGAGCUGAGCUUAAGCAAGUGCUCGGGCGUGAUGGACGAGUGCCUUUCCAUCCUUGUGCAAAAACACAAGCAGUUGAGAAAAUUAGACAUCAUGUGCUGCCGUAAGAUAACUUUUGCAUCCAUUAACAGCAUUACAAGUUCGUGUUCCUCCCUCGUUUCUCUUAAGAUGGAAUCCUGUAGCCUUGUUCCUAGAGAGGCUUAUGUCUUGAUAGGAGAACGCUGUCCAUUCUUGGAGGAACUUGAUGUCACUGACAAUGAGAUUGACAAUGAAGGUUUGAAGUCAGUCUCAAAAUGUUCAAGGCUUAGUGUUCUAAAGCUGGGGAUUUGCUCGAAUAUAAAUGAUGAUGGUCUAUUGCACAUUGCAAGUGGUUGUCCAAAAAUCAAAGAGCUUGAUUUGUACAGGUCAACCGGAAUAACAGACAGAGGCAUUGCAGCAAUCGCUGGUGGUUGCCCUGCUCUUGAGAUGAUUAACAUUGCUUAUAACAUUAAAGUUACAGAUUCUUCGUUAAUAUCAUUGUCAAAAUGUUUGAGGUUAAAAGCACUUGAAAUUCGAGGCUGUUGUUGCAUUUCAUCAGUUGGCCUCUCCGCCAUAGCAAUGGGAUGUAAGCAACUAACUGUGCUGGAUAUAAAGAAAUGUGUCAAUGUAAAUGAUGAUGGGAUGCUUCCACUUGCCCGAUUCUCCCACAACCUCAAGCAGAUAAACUUGUCGUACUGUUCAGUUACAGAUGUUGGGCUAUUGUCGCUAGCAAGCAUUAAUUGCCUGAGGAACAUGACCAUCUUGCAUUUGGCUGGCUUGACUCCGAAUGGCCUCACUGCCGCCCUGCUGGUGUGUGGUACUCUACGAAAGGUAAAGCUGCAUCUGUCAUUCAAAUCCAAGCUUCCUCCAUCUUUCUCCAAGUACAUGGAAUCCCAUGGAUGCGUAUUGUACUGGAGGGACAAAGCAUUCCAGGUUGACCAAGACGAUAAAGAUUGGAACUUGCGCAGCGGGAGAAGUUUGGGAGACUCAACAUAAUCCAUGGCAAAGAUUUCUCAGAUUCACAUACUUGAGACAAGUAGUUUUAAAUUAAGGCAUGAUCCAAAAAUGCAAAAUGGGAACAGAUUUCUUGCUUGAUAUUCAAUUCAACAGAGUCAAUGACUAAAGAUUCACAGCUUGGUCCUCUUUCCUCAGCACCGAAGCUCCUGCAACCCAUUCUAUGCAGGCAAGCCGAGACACUUUGUGCUUGCCCCACGCACCCCCGACGCCAAAGCAGGCCUUCUUGUGGGGGCGAGAGAUUUGGCACAACAUGACACGGUACCACGGAGAUGGCCUUUGUAUUCAUGCAAAUGGCCAUAUGUUUGAAAAUAUGAACUUGGAAUUGUUGCUUCCUCUUUUGGUAGAAUUAGGAGUGAGUUUCAAGUUUUUGAAUUUGUCCACUUUUAACAUUUUUCUUUGUUGGGUAAAUUACAAUAUUAAGAGAAAUCUCCCCCAGGGUGUUGCCUCAUUUUCUUUUGUAGUCAAGUCAAAGCUAUUUUUGCUUCUGUCAA